AUGAACAACAACUCGGACGGCAGCAUGAACGACGGCAUGGCCGAGGCCUUCAAUACGAUCCCGGACUUCGCCUUCGGCAUGGCCGGGAACGGAAUCUACCAGUCGACUCCAGUGCCCAUCGGUCAGAAGAUGGCGGGUAUGGCGGGCAGCACAGCCAAGAUCCUGAACACCACAGCCACGAUCGCGAGCACCGGAGCCGGGGCUACCCCUACACAAGCCGGCUGGCAACGACGCACCGAGGACUGGAAGGACCAGAUCGACCUAUGCGUGAUCGAGAUCGCGCAGAUCAAUCGCCAAGUCCUGGCGAGCCAGUGGCGCAAGGACGUCGCACUCAGGGAGCUCAAAAAUCACCAGGGUCAACUGGAGCACGCCGACAAAGUAAUGGACUUGAUGAGGGACAAAUACAGUCGGCGAGAUAUUUUGAGCUAUUAUUACCCCGCCACCGUCUUCAAUUGUGAUGUCGAUGUUUAUUUGAAAAGAGAAGCCUAG